AUGACAGAAUUGGCGAUAUGUGCUAUGUUGUUCCUACUGCCAUGUGCCGUCAUUCUUGAACGCUGCAUCAGCGAUUGGUCACUAUUGGCACUGCACCCGGCAUUGAAUUCGUUAGCAAUGCUCAUUUGUUUGCCCAGCGCGUUACAAGCAAUGUUACAACGAAAGAGUGAAACGAACCAAAAAAAACGUAUCUGGUUGACCAAGCUGCAUCUACUGCUCAAUGUAUUGGCUGGAGUAUUGGUAGCUGUUGCCGGUGUUGCAGUGCUUUUUGCUAAACGUAACGUCGGUGACCAGCACUUGACAACGCCACAUUCGUGGGCAGCUCUCGUGACGGGCAUGUUCUUUGCACUCAACAUGUUCCAGGGAAUUUUAUUGACGUUCGAAGGCACGAAGGCCAAUUGGCAGUGGAAGGACGAGACUCACGUGCUAACGGGCGUGCUGGUCUAUAUCGGAAGUGUCACUACAAUGCUCUAUGGACUGCAGACGAGCUCGUGGGGGGCCAAGCACUUUAGUCUGGAGAGGCAGUUCCAGGUCACAAUACUUAUCAUUGCAGCACAUGUGACGCUACUGGGAAAAAUGCUCUGGCCACAACGUCGUGAUAGUCCAUCGCAAGUCAUUAAGGUGGCCAAGCUGGAGCUAAUAGUACUAAGUGGGCUGUUUGGUGCACCCUGUGCCAUCAUCCUGUCCAAAUGUGCGGCAUCACCGUCGCUAUUUGCAGUGCACCCUGCGACUAACGCCGUCGCCUUCCUAUUGUGCUUCCCAUUGGGGCUGUACGUGAUGCUGGAACGCAAGAGUGUGACAAAUUUCAGGACACGAGUGCUCCUCUCCAAGCUGCACAUGUUCUUCCAAGUAUUAGCAAUGCUACUGCUAAGUACCGGAGGUGUGGCGGCCUACAUGACCAAAAACAAGUUUGGCAAACAGCACUUCACGUCCACGCACUCGUGGCUCGCAAUUGGGACGGCAGUGCUGGCCAUGCUAAACAUGCUGGGGGGACUUGUCACGACUUUUGGCAGUAAGAAGACCAGCUGGCAGUGGAAGAAUUCUGGCCACCGCAUCGGUGGAACCCUGGCGUUUCUGGGCGGAGGCUGUAGUGUCAUUCUCGGUAUAUACAGUGGUUCGUGGGGCAUUUCUCAGCUAGGCGAGAACUUGCAGUUCCAAGUGGCCAGCUCGAUCGCCGCUGCAUAUUUUUUGUUGUUUUUCAAGGUGGUAACGAGCGGCUCCGUAGCAAAGAAAAGCGACUGA